GGCGAGCAUUGGUUUCUGUGGUACGAGUGGCAAAUAUCUGGAAGACGAACAUCAAAAAUCUGAAAUUCGAUCUAAAGCUAAAGAAGAAUCAGAAAUCAAGAAAAAAACAAAAAAGAGAGAAGAAAUUUCGCGUUGUAGAUUUUUGUAUUUCUUCGAUCUUUAUAUUCCGAAACUUCUCCAUGAAUUCUCAAGCUGUUUCUUGUAGCUUCGGCUUCGUUUCUGUUCCACUUGUCUCUCCCAGAACUUCACUUCGGCGAUUUGUAAUCCGAGCGAAAUCGGAACCAUCGGAGAAAUCUGUGGAGAUCAUGAGGAAAUUCUCGGAGCAGUAUGCUCGUCGCUCAGGGACUUAUUUCUGUGUUGAUAAAGGUGUUACUUCAGUCGUGAUUAAGGGUUUGGCUGAGCAUAAAGAUUCAUAUGGUGCACCACUUUGCCCUUGCAGACAUUAUGAUGAUAAAGCUGCUGAGGUUGGACAGGGCUUUUGGAAUUGUCCAUGUGUUCCAAUGAGAGAAAGGAAGGAGUGCCAUUGUAUGCUUUUCUUGACUCCUGACAAUGAUUUCGCCGGGAAGGAUCAGACUAUUACGUCAGAUGAAAUCAAAGAAACCACAGCUAACAUGUGAGAACUGAUUCAGAGAGAAAUGUCGCAGUGUCUCACCAAUGCAGCCUUGUACAUUGAUACCCGAGCAUCUUCUUCGUUCUUCUGUACAACUAUUUUCACUCUCAGAUAAAUACUUUAGUAUGAAUGAUCUGACUUUGUGAUGAAAUCUUCAAUAUUUUUUCAUGAGAUAUGUUUUUGCAUAAAAGGUCCUAAGUUCUAACUGAUGUUGAAAUUUAAACAGCGGUUUCUCUUCCACAUCCUUUACCAUCUUUCAAAGCCAAAGAUUCCAUAAACUUAUCUUUCAGUCGUCGGUCCGCAUUUGCAGAUUUAGUCUUUUUGUUGCAGGCACGAACAUCUUGAAAUCUGUACUUUAAUCAGACGUUUGAGUCCACACUUCUUGCGAGUUACUAUACUAGACGAAUCAGCUUCUUGUUCCUCUUCAUAUAACAAUCUCCAGAUCUUUCGUACUUCUCAAGCAGAGAUUUGAUACUCUUUAUCAUAACAUGUUGUCUCAGUUUGGGAAAUCUUGAGAUUUAUAUGAACUGUGCUCCAAACAAAACACCUGCACACAGAAGAGAAGAUCAACGCUGUUCGAUUAAAGUUUCAAUUUUUAUGGAUAAAUCAAUUAAGCUCUACCAAUGUGCAGAUAUCGAGCUGUCUGGUUUUAUGUUUAACUGUGCAGCUUCUGGAAAAAGUGCAAGAAUUUACGGAUGAUGAUUUGGAUUGAUAGCACUCGAAGAUGGUUUUGUAAGGACAUCGUUGAAGAAGUCAGGCACACUGUCAAGGAAACUUGUCCCAUCACAAGUGACAAUAGAAGAUACAGUUGCAAGAAGCAAAGAAAGAUGAAAGGAAAAUGGUACAGCAUUUAUGAGAUUUACAAGAAGUCGUUCGUUCACAAGGCAGAGAAAAUCUCCCUCACAAGGGAAGUUGUUCUUGUUCUACAAUGGCUUCCUCAUAUGCAUCGAAGUAUGAUGUCUUCCUCAGUUUCCGAGGGGAAGACACGCGCCAUUCAAUCGUCAGCCAUUUGUACGCAGCACUUGUUAGCAAAGGACUUGUUACCUUCAAAGACGACAAAAGGAUCGAGACAGGCGAUCGCAUAUCUGACGAACUCCACAGAGCUAUACAAGGUUCAGAUUUCUUUAUCGUGGUUCUCUCGGAGAACUACGCUACUUCCAGGUGGUGCUUAAUGGAGCUCCAAUUGAUAAUGGAGCUUCAUAAGGAGAGGAGAAUUGGUGUCUUUCCCGUCUUCUAUGGAGUAGCACCCUCUGCCGUGAGGAGAAUUGGAAGUUCCGAUCUAGAAAUGUACAAUGUUCCAGAAACGGUGGAUAAGGUUCCCAAGUGGAGACAAGCUCUUCAUGAGAUCGCCGAUGUUUCAGGCGUGGAAUCCAGACUCUGCAUUGAUGAGGCAACUAUGGUUGACAAAAUUGCUCAAGAUAUUUCAAGACGCAAGACACUGAUGCAUAACAUAGACGUCAGUAACAUUGUUGGGAAGAACACUCACAUGGAAGCUCUGAAGCCUGUCUUGGACAUGGAGUCCCAAAACGAGGAGGUUCGUAUGAUUGGAAUCUGGGGUAUGGGAGGCAUUGGCAAAACCACCAUCGCCAAGUGUCUCUAUGGCCAGCUCUCACUUCAGUUUUCAGCUAGUCAUUUCACUGGAGACAUGAAAGGAAUUCAUAAAGACCUUGAUCUAAUGGUUUUACAAAAGGAACUUCUCUACAGUACCCUCGGUGAAAAUAAUAGGCCAUGGAGCGUGGAAGCUGGACGCGAGGUCAUAUCGGAGAGACUUGGGAACCAUAGGGUUCUUCUUGUGCUUGAUGGUGUAGAUAAAAUCGACCAGGUGCAAGCUCUGGCGAAAGAAGUAAGCUGGUUUGGUCCUCGGAGCCGAAUCAUCAUAACCACCCGAGACAGAGGAUUGCUCAGUAGCUGUGGAGUGAAAACCAUUUAUGAAGUCAAGUGUUUAGACGACGAGGUUUCCCUCAAGCUGUUUAAACAGAUUGCUUUUGAAAGAGGACGUCCUCCUUGUGACGAUUUUGAACAACUCUCAAUCCGAGCAGCUCGGCUUGCUCACGGGCUUCCUUCGGCUAUUCAAGCAUACGCCUUGUUUCUCCGUGGAAGGGACAACUCUGCUGAGGAAUGGGAAGAAGCAGUUUGUGGACUCGAAAGUACUUCUGACGAGAAUAUAACAGAAAUCUUGAAACUUAGCUACUGGGGCUUAGCAAAACAACAUCGGAAGAUUUUCCUUCAUGUUGCCUGUCUCUUUAAUGGAGAAACUGUUCAGCGCGUCGUUUCACUACUUGGUGAUAAUGCUAGGAAGAAGCUGGGGAUAAGGGUUUUGGCUGAGAAAUCUCUCAUAAAUAUUACAACUAAUCGAUAUGUAACCCUGCAUAAGUUGGUGGAACAGAUGGGAAGGGAAAUUAUGCUCGAACGUCAAAAAUUCCUCGGGGAUCCUGAGAAAUUUCAUGAUGCAGGAAUACAACAAACUGAAUGCAUCUCCCUGCACACAUGUGAGAUGACCUGUGCAUUUUCGAUGAAGACCAGUGUUUUUGACCGUAUGCAUAAGCUGAAGUAUCUCAAGGUGUACAAGCAUGUUGAUGACAGAGAAUCGAGGCUGCAAGCCAUUAGAGACUAUCAUGGUCUUGACCGGCCUCCUACGCUAAGGUUACUUCACUGGGAUGCAUUUCCAUUGAACAUCCUGCCUUUCGGAUUUGAUUGGAAUUAUCUUGUUGAACUCAAUCUGCGUCACAGCAAUCUUGAAACACUCUGGAGUGGAAAACCGGUUUGCAGUAAUUUGAAGAGAGUAGAUGUGACAGGAUCUAAGAAUCUAAAACGACUUCCAGAUCUUUCAAAUUUCGAGAAUCUUGAAGAGUUGAUUCUAGAACAAUGCAUGAGACUGAAAGGAAUUCCAAAGUCCAUUGGAAAAAAUUCUACCCUAGGCAGGCUUAAUCUAUCAUACUAUGGUGGUCCUACGAGUCCCAUGAGUGUUGUUAUACGGGAAGUGUCUGGGACGCAACGCAUCACAUUGACGUUCCCAACUGCAAAAGUGGAAAUGAAACUUAAAAACAUAUCGAUCGAGGGAGACGUAAAGUUUCAUUUGUUUGCAGAUUGUGAAGGUUAUGCUGAAUACUUCUCCUUUAGUUCUGAACAGCAGAUCCCUGCUGCAACAAUGCUCAGUGUCCUGCAAGCUCCUCGACUAAUCUCAGAGCUCAACAUCAGGAGGUUCAGCUACAACGAGAACGGUCGACCUGUCACAUUGCACAGCUUUCCAGAUAUUCCUGGCCUUAGAGAGCUAAAACUAAUCAACUUGAACAUCCAAAUAGUGCCAGAUGGGAUUGGUCACUUGAGAUUCCUAGAAAAGCUGGACUUCAGCGGAAAUGAUUUUGAGAACUUACCAGAAGCUAUGAGUAAACUUUCUCAGUUGAGAACUCUCUGGCUUCGAAACUGCGGCAAGCUCGAGAAACUGCCAGAGCUAACUCAGGUGCAGUCACUCACUCUUUUUAACUGUAGGAACCUCACAUCAUUUGUGAAACUCUCUGAUGCAAGCCAAGAACCGGGUAGAUACAGUUUGCUUGAGCUUUGCCUUGACAACUGCAAGAAUGUGAAGUCUUUAUCAGGCCAGCUUAGCCAUUUCAACAAGUUGACAUAUUUAGAUCUUAGCAGCCAUGAUUUUGAGGCGCUGCCAUCAAGCAUCAGUGAUCUUACCUCAUUGGUAACUCUCUACCUCAAUAACUGCAAGAAUCUCAAAUCAGUGGGAAUUCUCCCACAGAGCCUCCAGUUUCUUGAUGCACAGGGCUGUGAUUCCCUUGAAGCUGAUGCUUUAGAACAUAUUGAAGAGAGACGAAACAAAAAGGUACCAGCGCAGAGGCAGAGUGCCUGGUUCCAAGAAACUGAGAUACCGAGUUACGAACGGGAUCGCCAAGCCGCGAAGAGUCGCCGUCUGCCUAAGUUCCUACGCUGCUCAUAUUUCUAGUCACUCCUGCAUUCCACGCUUAUGGCUGCUCAUUGAAUUUUGCUACUGAGUCCUUCUUUGUGUACAGCUACGUUUAGGAGUUUGCAAAGAAUCUUUAUGAAAGAGAUCUUUCACCAUUUUGAUAGCCAUGCUCUGCUAGAUAUGGUGCACCGCUUAGCCCGUACAGGUAUUAUGAUGAUAAAGCUGCUGUGCGUGUACAAGGCUUUUGGAAUCGUCCGUGUGUUCCAGUGAGAGAGAGGUCAGAAGUAUUGUGUGUGUGUAUGUAUGUAUCACUAAGCAAAUAAGUUUUUUUUGGAAACAUUGGUUAUAUGUUAUAACCUGGAUUGUCCAACUUGUGUUUAGCAGCACAAAUAUGUUGCAGUUUCCAUAGAGAUGAUACCAAUGCUCCUCAAAGAUUGAUGCAGAUGAUGUAUUUACCAGAUUGCUAGGCAAGUAGAAGUUGAUUCCUUCCAUAGUUAGCAACAACAGCUAUUACAACAACACAAGCAAAAAAUAAUCGAGCUCUCUCGUAAACUGUUAGCGUUUGUGGCUCUUUGACCAAGUUCUGACUAGGUCGAGACUCGACCCUAAAGCUUCAAGCUCGGUAUAGAAAUAAAUCG